UUUCAGAAUAUGAACCAUUGAAGCAAUAAUGAAGUGCAGCUUCCACAUUCCCGAAAAAUAUCAAUGGGCGAGUACACUCUUCGUUCAUGUUGCUCUUAUUGCUGGUGUAGCUGUCUACACUGUCUUUGGUGCUCUUUCAAUGCAAUGGCUUGAAUCUCCAGAUAGAGUACGUGCUCUUCUGAAGCGUGAGUUGAAACCAGUAGAGAGUCUUCCACCACCUCCAUCAAUAUCUGGUCUACCUGAUAGAAUAACACGAGUGUAUCUUGGAGAGGAACUGGCAAUUUUGGAUCCUGGUGUUCACGAAUGCCUCGAACGAACAAUUCUUACGUUAUUCCAUGACACCAAGUGUGAUCCAUAUAGCUUUGAGCAUUUAAAUAUUGAACUAAUUGAUAGAUGUUACGCAGAAGCAAAUGUUCCAAUUCCUGAAGGAUAUGGGGGUCAACCUAGAAAAAAGAUUAAGAACAAAGAAGAAGAAAAAGAUGUAAUCGAUGAAACUCCUGCAGAAAAAUGGUCAAUUGGAAAUUCUGUCAUCUUUGCGUUCACCGUUAUUACAACUAUAGGAUAUGGUCACGUGGCACCUGAGACGUUUGAAGGUCGUCUAUUUCUAAUCUUCUAUGGCGUUAUUGGAGUCCCAUUCACUUUACUGACGAUUGCUGAUUUGGGAAUGUUCUUAACAAGAUUUCUAAAGAAUCUUCUAACAAUGGCAAGAAGAUUUGCACAUUAUUUGGUGAAACUGUAUCAAAAAGCAAAGAAACAAAGAAAUAAAUCCCAGAAAACGAGUCCAGUGAUGCCAGAUUCUGAGAGAUCAGAAGUUUGGAAUACUGGAAAAGAGAUGAAAGAAAUGAGUAUGAGAACUGCUAGAGAACCUGGAGAAGGUGAUGAAAUUGAAGUAAUUGAAAAUGGAAAUGAUGAGAAUGGAAAAGAAGAAGAUGAGGAGGAGCCGGAGAAUAAUGAACCGAGAAAAACGGAAGAAUCAAUAGCUCUUGGAAUAACAUUCACAUGCUAUCUCGUGGCCGGAGCAAAAAUUUUAUCAGUUUACGAGCCAGAAAUGGACUUUUUCAAAGCUUUAUACUUCAAUUUUGUGACACUUACCACCAUUGGACUGGGAGAUUUUGUACCGAAAAGUUUCGAUUAUCUUCUCAUUACUCUAAUUUACAUUGGAAUUGGCUUGGCUCUGACUACAAUGGCAAUUGAAAUUGCAGCUGAUUUAUUGAAAAAGUUGCAUUAUAUUGGAAGAAAAAUGGAAAAUGUUGGUCAGGCAGUUGUUUGGUUUGGAGGAAAAAAAAUGACCAUGAAAUCAUUGGUUAAACAUUUGGGAGAUCAAUUCAACAUUCCAGAAGAAGAACUUGCAAAUUUCGAUAUGUCAGCAUUUGUGGAUAAUGCAAUAAAAGUCGAAAAAGGAGAGAUUGCAACGUUGAGGAAGCCGCCUACACCGCCUGUUGUAUUUCGUGAACGUGCAUUCAGUUUCAGCAAUGUCAGAAAUUCGAGUGAAAGUGCUCUCAAAUAUGUAGACGAUAAUCGAUUCAGUAAGACAACUCAGCCAACUAUAUAUACAGUAAUCAUACACGAAACCACACGUACAAUUGACACUUUGCACAAUUUGGCAGAUGCUAUUCGGAGAGAUCCAUCGAUUCCGCGCCUGGACCUAGACGUCCACUAUCUGACGGAUAUGUCAGCUCCCACAUCAUUCGACGAAAACUAUCUUCGAACCUAUACAAAUGCACGUAGAAAAUAGAACAACAAAUGAAUUGAAUAAAGUCAUUUUAC